CCCCGGGCGGUUCCAUGGAGACUCUGUGCCCCGCUCCCCGCCUCGCAGUGCCGGCGUCCCCGCGAGGGUCGCCCUGCUCCCCCACACCCCGGAAGCCGCGUCGGGGGACCCAGGAGUUCUCUCCGCUGUGCCUGCGUGCCCUUGCCUUCUGCGCCCUUGCCAAACCCCGGGCGUCCUCUCUGGGCCUGGGGCCUGGGGAGCUGGCGCCGCGGGCCCCGGUGCUGCUGGGCCCUCGCGCCCCCCUGUGCACCGGCGGCUGGGCCCCGGAUGGCCUGAAGCACCUCGCGGGACAGGCCGGGCGGUCCAGCGAUCCCAAUUCCCCGGCCCGCCAGGAUGCCGACGCCGCAGUGUGCCGGGGCCGCAGCGAGGAGGAAGAGGGCGGAGGCAGUUUCCCGCACUUCGGCGCUCGCUCCGGUUUACCUCCCGGCCGCUGCCCGGCGCCCCGGCGCCCUCGGGAAUCUCCGACCAGCUCCGCCUCAGCUCCGCCUAGGCCAGCCCCCGGUCUCGACUCCCAGCCUGGCUUCGCCGCCAGCCCGCAUCAGGAUCCCGGUUCCCGGCCUCCGCCGCCACCUGCGGGCCUCUCCUCUGAGCCGGCGGGGCCCCGGGCCGCGCCGGAGCCGCCCCUGCCGGGCCAAACGGCCGCAGUCGAUGGAAACCCCCCGAAGGCCGCCCCCGAGGCACCGGCCGCCAGCCCCUCGACGGCCAGCGGAGCUGCGGCCGCGCCCGGCGAUCUCCGCCAGGAACAUUUCGAUCGUCUGAUCCGCCGGUCGAAACUUUGGUGUUACGCGAAGGGCUUCGCCCUCGACACUCCGAGUUUGCGCCGGGGGCCCGAGCGGCCGCCAGCCAAAGGGCCCGCCCGGGGAGCCGCCAAGAAACGCCGGCGGCCGGCGCCCCCCCAGCGCAGCGCGCAGCCCCGUCGCCCUGCGCCGACGCUCCCCACCACGAGCACCUUCAGCCUCCUCGAUUGCUUCCCCUGUCCCCCGGCCUUGGUGGUGGGGGAGGACGGAGACUUAGGGCCCGCAUCCUCGCUUCGCCUCCAGGGAGACUCUAAACCCCCGCCUGCCCACCCAUUGUGGAGGUGGCAGAUCGGGGGUCCCGCUGUGCCUGAGCCCCCCGGCCUCAAAUUCUGGGGCAUCAACUUGGAGCAACUCUGAGCGUGAGACCUCUUCUGCCUGCCAAGGGGGAAAAGUGGGGGCCACAGCCAAACUGCGCGCUCAAGGCUAGAGCCUCGUUUCUCACCUUCGCCUGUCCCCUUUAGGUUUUAUGGGCUGUGGUCAGAGGGACCUCAGAUGACAGUGAUCUUCAAGCACCUAACUGGUCGAGGUGACACCCCCUCCCUCUCAUCCUUUGGAGAGGACCAAGAGCUGGAGUCAGGAGAAGGCUUAACCGAGGAAAAACGCUUAAUGACAUAGAUUCCAACCCCUCCUCUCUUCCACCUCCGAUCUCUGGGGGCAGGGCCUUCACCCCAGGGGGAGCCGUGGAGGCUACCGCUCAAAGCCGAGGGGGGAAGAAAAGAGGGAGAGAGACCUUGGUGAUGGACAAACCGGUUGUUUCUGUGGGCGAGCAGGGGCUGGGGGUGGGGGGGCUGGGGUGGGGGUGGGGAGGUGAUUGGCAGCUCCCUGGGGGCAUCCCCCACCCCCACCAGCCGGGCCUUUAACCCUUCACUCCCCACAGGCCUUCCCUAGCUUCUGAGCACCACUGCAGCCUUCGUGGGGGAGGGAGCAACUUAGGCGAGGGGGAGAUCACCCCUUUCCUGUUCUUUGCCGAGCGCCCCCCCCCCACAUCAAGUGACCCCGAGGUGCCGAGAUCUUCAUUCUCAGCCACCAGCCUCUCUCCCCUUUGUCCAGUUUUGGAGUUUCCCCCUUCCAUUUUCCCUGUGUGCUUUCAGGGUAUAAGGUCUGAUGGGUAAAAGUGGACUCCCCACCCUGAGACACAGCCCCCUCCCCCCGCUGUCUCCUCAGGGGAGGAGGGGCAGGAGGGGCAGGGCCGAGGGGCCACCUCCCCUUCAGAAAUGCAGACUCUGCCUGGGGAGGGAGCUGGAGAAGACCAUCCCAGGGAAAGCAAUGGAAGGUGGAAGAAAUCAAUAAAAUCAGACCAAACAAGUUGCCUUUCCAGGUCCUCUCCAGCCGUUUAAGGAUGGAGGGCGUGGAGGUAGAGGGCAGGCCUGGGUCCAUUCUUCGGACACUGAAACUCGGCCCCCCGGCCAGGCUAGAGACAAGACAUGCUGCUCUUUGGGGAGGAGGUAAAGGAAAGGGCUCUUGGCCGAAGCACCGGGUCCAGUGGGGUUUGCGGGGGGGGCAAAAAUUUGGGUUUGGAUGGGAACUGGGCUGAGGAACCUUUCAGCAUCCUCCCCCCACCCAACCUCAGGCAUUUCGGGAGUUGUCAGGGAUCUGAUGGAUCCGAAAGGGGCAGGGCCGAGGGAUUAGUUUUGAGGUCAGAAGUUCUGUUUUCCUGGGGGAGGGGAGAAAUUGGCCACUAACUAUUGCGCCCUCUGAUCCCCUGGAGUCAGAGGGGAGUGGAGUGGCCGCCUCCUCCACCCAGGUGAGCCCUGGGGAGUCUAGCUCUUAGGGAGAUUGCAGGUUUAGGUGGAAGGGGAACCCGGGGGUUGCCCAUCUGCCCAGCAACUGAGGGACCCCCUGGCCCUUCUGCCCACACGAGCGGACAUCACCCCCUUUUCCCCCCAAGAUGGGGCGAGGGACAAAGAAUUCCCACAUAUACUGGGGAAGGACCAGUUUCCUUUUCUGUGAAAAUGCUGUAAAAAGUUUUUAAUGUUUGCAUAGAGCAGAUUCUUGAGAGCGAGAGAGAAAAAAACAAAAAAACAAAAAACUUUUGGAAGACAAAAGUUCUG